CGAAGCUACAGCACCAUUCCUCUCUAUUGGCCACUCCUGGCCCCGGCCUUUCUCCUGCUUCAUCAUGGCAUCAGAUGGUCCAGAUCCCCAAAGUUUGAAGUCAUGGCAGGAUGCCUUCCAGUAUCCAAUUCCAACCGUGCGCCGUGUGGAACAGGAGCUCCGCCGGGACAUCGCGAGCAAUAAGGAGAGACUUCGAGCACUCGUUGGUGCGAGAUAUCGGGAGCUUGUCGGAACUGCUGAAACCAUCGUAUCGAUGAAUCGCGAAAUGCAGGAAGUGGAUGCAACUCUUGCUGAUAUCGGACGACGAUGCAACCCACGAUUGAUGGAAAAGAAAUACACACAUUUCAACCAGAUUAAGGGAGAUGUCCACGACAAAGACGCCGCCAAGCGAGCAAUUGGUGCCCAGCUUGCUCUACUCCAUCGCUGUGAGACGGCUAUAUCCCGACUUUUAAGGAGACGUGGCUCUCUUCUUCUAGGCGCUAAACUUGUCGUUAUUUCUCGACUUCUGCAUAAGGCUCUGUCUCAGCAAAAGACGGUGCCGCCUUUUCUUGAAAGCUUACGGAAUCAAAUAGCUUCACUGAGGCAAACCCUUUUGAGAAGGAUCAAUAAGUGCUUAGCGUCAUCCUCGUCAACGGCAGAGGAUAUUAUCGAGGUGCUUUCCUCUUACUGUCUAGCUACGAGCUCUUCCUCAGAAGACGCUAUCGGCCACUUUCACAGGGUACGAGAGGAGGUCAUUGAAAGCCAACUAGGGCUGGACGACCCAUCGGGCGAGAACAUUCUGAAAGCUUUGGGUAUAUACGCCAGUACCCUCCAGAUAACUAAGAUCUUGCUUUCACGCCGUCUAUCAGAUGUUCUGGGGAAAUUGAAGGCGCGCCCUAUCUUGACCGAUCCGGAAAUUCGCAACCUUGAUGACCUUGGCCUCGAUGUUUUAGGGCGCUGGGUACCACCAGACGUGAACAACUUUACACCUUGGAUCAAGUUGAGCGACCAGUCUAAGCAUGAAAUCGAGAAAACAAUGAAGAGAUGGUCGAAGCAAGCCUUCGAGAAGUUUAUCCAGGGGUGUCAGAAGAGCUUGCUGAGCUGGCUGGACUUCACAAAGCUGCUCUCUCUUCGUGAAAAGGCCUUAGAGUUUUGGCUUCGCUCCUGGGCCUCAACGAUUACACACUCAUCUCUUGAAGUAUUAGAAGGUAUUAGAGGAGUUUUCAAUGGUCGCCUUACGAGCCUCUUAUCUGAUCAAGCUAAAUCGUUGGUGAACUUUGGCCAAGAUGUUGCCAUUAAAGUAUCUACUUGGGACAAUGCAGAUCACGUAACAGCUCAGUCACUUUGGGAUCCUGAACUGAUGGUCUCCGAUUACUCCAAUGGUGCUGACGCUUUCAAAACAGCGAUUGCUGAUAGGUUGCUUGGCCGUGAUGAAGAGGUUUCUAAUACGUUAAAGAAAUACCGAACUUGGCUCACAUCCAUUGAAAAGUCCAAUGAGUCCAUUGAUGAAUUAAGACGACUCCGAUGGAAUGACAUCAUUGAAGAGGGUGAGAGUGAUGACCUUGACAUAGAUAUCACAGCGAAAUUAAAUGAAGGCGACCCUCAACUGUUACAGGAAGCGCUUCAGUUAGCUGUCAGGGAAGCUUUUGGCUCUCUUCAAUCUUCAUUUGGUGAUAUUUUUAAAGCCUUUGGAGACUCCCAUGUAAGCGGAAAGGCUGCAUUUAUUCUUAGGAUCAUUAGGCUCGUUCGGCGAGACCUGCCUGUCCGACUUAUCACCAACAAUUUUGCAUUCUCCAGGGAUAUUGUCCCCCAGUUGCAGGAAAUGCUUGCUAUUGAGGCGGUUAAGGAGACAUCCACGUUGAAUCUGUCAGUCAAAUUGGGCACUCGGGUCCCAGGCCGAAGUCUUUGGGAAGGUGAUCCUGAACUCCCCAUCCAGCCAUCUCCAUCUACUUUCAAAUUUCUGCAUCGACUUGUAGCAUCCAUGGAGCGUUGUGGCCCGGGACUUUGGGAUGUAUCUACUGUUCAGGUCCUCAAGCGAACCUUGCAAAACGAGAUGUCAAACAUUGUCACCUCCAGGAUUGAAACUCUGAGUUCUUGUGAUACCGACAAAGGCAAAGGAGAUCCCGAGUCCAAUGGGAACGAAGCCACAAAUGAACCAGAGGGUCAAAACGGGGAUGGCGACCCAUGGUCAGAGAACGCAUAUGCGACUAAGUCACGAAAUGCCCAUGAUCUAAAACUUCAGUUCUAUUUUGAUAUUGCCUAUUUGAAGAAUGCGUUGGCGGUCCAGGGUUCUGAACAGGAUCGACUAAGCGAUGCUCUUGAAAAGCUUCAGAACGAUCUUGGAUCCGUCGGUGAAGCUAUCAGAACCAUGGAACAUAGUGCUGCUGAGUAUUGGAAACGUACUCAGCUAUUGUUUGGGCUUUUGGCAGUUGGUUGAAAGCAAUAAGCUGUCUUGAAA